AUGUGGUUAGUUGCGAAAAACAGUUCCCUGCUGUCGCCUGAUCUGACGCUGAUCAUUUUACAUAUUGCCUUAAGAAAUUUAAGGGUGUUGGGGUCCAUCGGGCCAAGAACCUCGAUACAUAUUGGCAAGAAUUCCAUCGAGGGAAAGGCGUUCCCAUAUUUUUUCAUUUUUUCGUCCGCUGCCCUGGCCGCGGCCAAACCGCAUUCUUUACUUGUCAGGUUUACGUAUCGUUCGGCGAGGGUGCCAGGGACCGUAACAUCCCACGCCAAACAUCUGUCGGCUCUCCAAGGUAUUAGUGUGCAUCCGUUCGGGCGCCUACCAUCAUGCGCAGAAAUGCCGGAUGGUUCCUUGAGAACCGGGAUUGAAGCCUUGGGGAAGAGCCGACAAAUGUGCACUCUAAAUUCAAAACUUGCUUCGUAUUAUCGUGACGCUGUCAGCAUAAUCGAUGUUAUAUUCGACAAUGAUGGUCCCCUAAAUUUCAUGCUUGCGAGCGAGACUGGAAUGUUUCGGCUGGCGCGGUUUUAUAACGAAUAA